AUGGGCAGCUCAUGUCCAUCACCCUUAACUGGGCUGCUGCGACCUCUCGCACUCGUCCUUCUACUCUGCAUAGCGCAACUCUCCACAGCCCUGAAAUUCGAUCUCCCUGCGAAUGUGAAUAACGAGAGAUGUAUACGGAACUUCGUGAGUAAGGAUCAGUUGGUUGUUGUGACAGCGAUUGUGGGUGGACAGAAGGGUGAUGGACAGGUUGUAAAUAUGCAUAUCAAAGACUCGAUGGGAAAUGAUUACGGCAGACCCAAGGACGUCGUUGGCGAGAAAAGACAAGCCUUUACCUCCGGGGCGGAUACUGCAUUUGACGUGUGCUUUGAGAACAUUCCUGUUGGCCGAUCUUCUGGCCACCUUUCCCGCUCCGUCGAACUUGACAUUGACAUUGGAGCCGACGCACGCGAUUGGUCUGCCAUCCAGGUACAAGAGAAGCUGCGACCGGUCGAAGCUGAUCUGCGCCGUAUCGAAGCGAUGGUCGGUGAGAUUGUGACGGAGAUGGAAUACAUGCGGACUCGCGAGCAGAAAUUGAGAGAUACGAACGAGAGCACGAAUGAGCGGGUUAAAUGGUUUGCCUUUGGGACUAUAGGGAUGCUGAUAGGGUUAGGCGUAUGGCAGGUUAUUUAUCUGAGAGCCUAUUUCAGUGGGAAUCAGUGGCAGGUGCCCGACAGUGCUGAGGAUGAUGGUACUCCCCAAUGCUUUAUACGCGCUCUUAAUUCUUCCAACAAUGUCAGGCCUGUAUUUUCAUUCAUCCAAGUUCAAGCCAAAGCCGCAACGAAUCGAUCACUGAGCUCGACAAAAUUCCGAGCCAGCAACCCGAACGAACGCAGCCACUCGACCGCUCCCUCACACGGCAAAGCUCAGAAAUCCAAGCCUUUGAACCCGCGUCUGGCAAAUACCGCGUCGACCAGCACCAAUGAUUUCCCCAAGGCCGCCGCGAAAGUAGAGUUCCCUGAGCUGGUUACAGCAGCGAAUCAAGAAUAUCAACGGCGCGAUGCGAUUCCGGGGAAUAUGGAGAAUAUGACAGGCGGGACUGUGAAAACUAGAGAUGGGAGAAAACCUGAGCUGGGCAUUGGAGAGAUGGAUGGGAUCACGUUUAAGGUUGAGCCGCUGAAGAGAGAUGGAGAGGAUAUCAUGACAAUGAGAGCUAGGUUGCUGUAUCAAAGUCGCAAGCGAGGCAUUCUAGAGUCCGAUCUUCUCCUCUCGACCUUUGCAUCCCGGCAUCUCCCAACCAUGACAGAACGACAACUGCAGGAAUAUGACAAGUUUCUCGACGAGAAUGACUGGGAUAUCUACUACUGGGCAACUCAAGAGGCAAAAGAUCCGUCAACGACAGAUAGUGCUAACCCGUCUCCUGCACCAAAGUCAUCCGAAAAGCCAGUGAAGGAUACGCCGACGGAAACGUGGAAGAGCGGGGCCGCAAAGAGUGGGGAGUGGGCGCAGACUGUCGGUGCUUUCAAACCUGCAUAUAGACCUGUCCCGCAGCGGUGGAAAGACUCUGAGAUCCUGGCUCAGUUGAGGCAGCAUGUGUACGAGAAGAGUGCGCAUGGGGUACAGGAAGUGAAGGGACAGACCCACAGCGGAGGAGGCUUAGGACAGAUGCCUGACCUAAUCCACGUGACUUUUACUCGCUUAGGCCAGCUAGGGUUCCGCCGCACACACAAAAGGCCCGCAACCAAAUUGCGCUUAGGGCUCGCCUGGGCGGCGGAACCUCGCUCCAUCGCUAAGAGACGAGACGAAGAAGAACCAAACAGCUCAACGACAUUGCUUUGCUCGCCAUCCAUCCUCCUCCUUCCAACCCCCCACGAGGAUUCCCUGAUUUCUCACACUUCCAUCGAGAGCCUGCACACCAUGGCUGAGCAGCUUGUCCACCGCGGGACCCUCGAAGGCCACAAUGGCUGGGUCACCUCCCUGGCCACUUCGCUUGAGAACCCCGAUAUGCUCCUGUCCGCCAGUCGCGAUAAGACCCUGAUCAUCUGGAACUUGACCCGUGAUGACACCGCAUACGGAUACCCCAAGCGGAGCCUCCACGGUCAUUCUCACAUUGUCUCUGACUGUGUAAUUUCGUCCGACGGUGCCUAUGCCCUUUCUUCCUCCUGGGAUAAAACCCUUCGCCUCUGGGAAUUGGCCACCGGCAACACCACCAGAACCUUUGUUGGCCACACCAAUGAUGUUUUGUCCGUCUCUUUCUCUGCCGACAACCGCCAGAUCGUAUCCGGAUCCCGCGACCGAACCAUCAAACUGUGGAACACUUUGGGAGACUGCAAGUUCACCAUCACCGACAAGGGACAUACCGAAUGGGUCUCCUGCGUUCGCUUUAGCCCCAACCCCCAGAACCCCGUCAUCGUCUCUGCUGGCUGGGAUAAACUCGUCAAGGUCUGGGAACUUUCAUCCUGCCGCAUCCAAACCGACCACAUCGGCCACACUGGCUACAUCAACACCGUCACCAUCUCCCCUGAUGGAUCCCUCUGCGCUUCUGGUGGUAAGGAUGGCACCACCAUGCUCUGGGAUCUCAAUGAGUCCAAACACCUCUACUCUCUCCAAGCCGGCGAUGAGAUUCACGCCCUCGUCUUCUCCCCUAACCGCUACUGGCUCUGCGCUGCCACCUCUAGCAGCAUUACCAUUUUCGAUCUGGAGAAGAAGAGCAAGGUUGACGAGCUUAAGCCUGAAUUCGUAGAGAAGGGAAAGAAGAGCCGUGAGCCUGAGUGCAUAAGCUUGGCGUGGAGCGCUGAUGGCCAGACUCUGUUUGCUGGAUACACUGAUAAUAAGAUCCGAGCCUGGGGCGUUAUGUCGAGGACGUAGGAGGGAUGCAUAUGUGUGUGUAUAUCCGUUAUGUGUAAUAUGUUUGUCUCUGGGCCGGAAGCAAAUAGAAAACGCAGCUGCUGUGGAGGUUACCAGCUAGCUGGCUGGGUUGCGAUGGAUGAGCAAUGAGCAAAUGACAAAAUCUACCUACCCCUUUUUCCACUACCUCUCUCUUUACUUUUUCUUUCUCUCUUCGGUGGACUGGAACGGGAGUUUUUGCCUUUUUUUGAUAGAGUUGACUUGCUUUUUCCCGUUUAUCGAGCUAGAAGGAAAGAGGACGAAAGAGAGAAAGCUCAGAUCUAUCAAAAAAACAAAUCCUUCUGCACAGAGGCAGAAAUUUUUCAUCCAACCCACUAAUUUCAUACCAUGCCCUUGCCAAUCUAAGAGAAGGGAAAUGUGAAAGGCAGAGCCUCGAAAAUGGAAAUCGGAAAAGGAAAAAAGAAACCAUUAUUUUUUCUCUCUUAAUUCUAAAUUUUGGUUGACAUAUGCUUCUUUCUAUAUUUCCCCCCCGACCCUGCCUCGCCUAUCCAUCCGUCAUCGCACAUAAGCGAACGAAGCCAAAUCAGUUAGUUAUUGCCAUGUUC